CUGCACGUAGGCUACACCGCUCUUUUGCAGCCCUGAAACAGACAGCCUGGUUCCUUGGACGUCAUAUGAUAAGGCUGGAGGAGAGCCAGCAGGGCCCCCGUUUGGAGAGGAGGACCCAUAUCUCAGUCAACGCGCGCAGUCAGGGCCCCCUUUAUCUCUACAAGGCAGGGAGGCGUAUCCUUUCCCCUCUCCCACUCCCCGUCAAAUACCACUCUGACUCCCUCACUCUCUCACACCCAUGCACUAACUAGACUACAACCUGCUUCUGACGACGCCCUAUCGCCCAUGAGAUUUCCACCAAGUCCUUCGUGCGUCGUUUUCGCUCGAGAGGAAGCCAUUGGGGUCUUAUUACUGUCGGGCUGUGCGCUCAGGCUGCCCACGGCAUCACCACAGCAAUAACAGAAGGGGUGCCAGCCAGAAGAGGAGGAGGAGGAGGAGGAGGAGAGGCAGGGGUGUUAGAGUAUUUCGAAUUGACGCUCAGAAAAUAAACAAGGAGACACCCUGUUUGGAAGACGUCUGUGGCGGGAAGCGACAGGGAUCUGCAACUGAUGGCGCCAGCCGUGCAUGGCCGUCACUGCAUGGGUGAGAGAUGCUGACUGGCGACAGGCUGUGGAGGAGAGGAGAGGGGAGUAACAGGGUAUUCUAUGGUGUGUUGUGAUGAUGGCUGAGGUGUCACAAGAGGAGAGACUCCAGGCCAUCGCUGAGAAAAGGAAGAAGCAGACAGAGAUUGAAAACAAGAGGAGGCAGCUGGAUGAUGACCGACGACAACUCCAGCAUCUCAAGUCGAAGGCACUGAGGGAGCGCUGGUUGUUAGAUGGAGCUCCAGCAGAGGAGGAGACUCAGAAACGUCUGCAGGAGGACGAGGUGAAGACCAAACUCCUGGAGCAGGUCAUCCUCAGGCUGGAGCAAGAGAUUGAAGAACUGGAGACAGACGUGCCAGCCAAUAAGGGUGUGGCCAAAGAAAAUGGAGGUGAAAAUGGAGUAGUGCAGAUCUCUGGUCAAACCCCCAAGAGAGAGGUGACAGGGAUUGAGGCCAAGCUGCUGGGUCCCAGUCCUGACCAAGCUAGCGCAGACAACCCCGUCACUCUGGUGUUCAUGGGCUACAAGACCGUUGAGGAGGAGCAGGAGACCCGCACGGCCUUGGGAAUGGAAGGGGUGGAUGGCAAUGUCAAGGCUGAGUUUGUUGUGAUCGAGGACGGGGAGGGGAAAGCGGGAGGAGAGGCUGCCACAGAAGAGCAGGCCCCACCCAACGGGAGCAUGGCGGAGAAAGAAAAGGCCAACGGAGGCGGUGAAGAAGGAGACAAGGAAAAGGAGAAGAAACAGACCUGCAAAUGCUGCACGGUCAUGUGAGCUGUGUGUGAGUGUAUGUAUGUAUGCGUGUGGGUGUGUGUGUGGAGACGAGUGCACACCUGCAGCUGUGCAGGCAUGUGUGCCAUUGCAUGUGUCUGUAUUUGCAGAUGUGUGUAACUUUGUGUCUGUGUGGCAGAGUGUGUGUGUGUGUGUGCGCGUGUGUGUGUGUGUGUGUGUGUCAGGACUGGAAAAAAACAUCAAACUGAAGUACAGUUACACAGCCAAUAUACCAACAAUUAAAGCCAAUACAAGCUCCAGCUACAACAACAAGAACCACAAAGACUCAUAAGUACACUUUACUCUGUAUACUUUCUCUGAUAUGUAUUUGACUUUUGAUUUCUAUUGAUAUUUUUCUAUUUUUCUGUCUUGACAUUUAUAUUGUAUUCAGUAUAUCUUUAUUAUGGGACUGUGUACUGUAAGUUCAUUGUUAUUAUUGUUGGAAAAAAAGAAAAUGUAUUAGCUCUCUGGAUUGUACUGCUACCCACUGGGGGAAAUCUGGAAACUUUAAAUCAUUUAAGUCAAAACAGCAAACUAUGAAGGACACAGAUACUUAAAUAUAUAUAUUUCUCUGUGUAGGCCUACCAACUAUUUAUCGGUCAAUUUCAUAUUGCAAUAUUGUCUAAGAUAUUAUUUUAAAUAGUAUUUUAAUAUAUUGAUAUGAAAUUAUGUUUUAUACAAUGUAUUUAUUGUUUUUGGUUCUCUAUAUCAUCUCCAACCAUUCUGCAUGUAAGCUUGUAAGCACUAUCAGAUUUGCAUUACAAUCACAAGUGUCUGUGCUUUCUUAGACUCAUGUGCUCAUAUCUUUAGUCACACAAGUCUUUCUAUCAGUAACAAUUAAUAUAGUUGGCAGUGUUAGAGAUGUGCAUUAAGUUUAAAAAGAAAUCUACAGCACGAAAACAAAGAGACUAACUAGAACAGUGACCAUAUUGCAAACCGCAUUAGCUUCUCAUAGAUACUAUAUGUGGCACAUGUACAUGCAGAUCACAGCUUUUGUAUUUUUUAAAUAGGAUGGAUACACUUACUUCAUGAUCAAUAGAGUCAUGACAAGCCAUUGCGCAAAGAUUAGAAAAGCUUAAAUAAUUUUGUUCUCUCAACAGUAGAAUCAAUGUAAAUCUUAAGAGGUAGCACUGCAUGAAGCCUUGCAACUGUUUUGACUGUCUUGUCACUUGUUAGGUCUUUAUUAUACACUAUCACGUUCACAUGAAUGUAAACCCAGGGGUUAAAUUGGGAUUCGUUCUACCAUAAUGAGAAGAGGCGGGCUUGCUCAGUUCACCAUUUAAAAAAAGCUUUUUGUCUCUUUAUGAACCAAAUAAAAUCUGAUGAUACUUUAAGUUCACUGUGUGUUGGUCCGCUGCUGGUUUCUGUCCUACUCGCUCCCAGUUUAACUCCUGACUCUUUGUAGACCUGGGCCCAAUAGUGCUUGAAUAGAUGUUCAGAAAAAGGAUUUGGGGCAUUUGAAUAGACUUUCCUCACAAAUAAUGAUACUCUCUGGGGACCUUAAUUUUUUCAGCCUAAGAAUACAAUAUAAAGAAUUUUGUUGUGCCCAGGUACACAAGCUUUUUAGGCCAUGGGCAGUCGGGGUCAGUGAUGCUAUGCCACCAAUGCUUCUGCUCACCCCAGGCUAUUCCAUGUCUCUGAUUCACCUACACACCAUCACCAUUUUCUCAUUAUCAGUUUCAUCGUCAAACACACACAGUCCCACCUUCUAUGCUCGGAGACACACAGUUCAAAAAACCUCUCAAGUUGGUGCUAAUCCUCAGUCUCGUCUAACACUCUCCAUCCACCAACUUUUUUUUUUCAACUCAUUCCCUCCGUCUGUCUUACUCAAGUCACUGGUGAGGGGGAUUGUGGGAAUCUACUGCCUCCUGCAUACAUUGAAUAAGAGUCUUUUGCAACCUUCAGUGCCAGAUGCAUUCUCUCAAGUCCUGCCUACAUUUACCACCAGAGAAAUGAUCCCUACUAACAUUCCAAAGGGAGGUCAGCAGGCAUGGACAGAUGAAAUAUAGUCUAUGCUUUCCAUAUAUAAAGUUCCACUGUAAUUGUACAACUUGCAACUUUGUUUCUUAUAUUGACUCUCAUGUUUUUCUUUCCUAUGGCCUCUUUGCAAGGCAGUAUAUUGUACUUGAUGUGUGUAUUUUAAAAAAAAAAAAAAAGAUGACUACAUCUGUGUAUUGUUGGUGCCUUUGUCAGGUUCAGUUGAUUGGACUUGUCUGUCUGCCGCCAUUUUUAGACCGGGGUUUUUCUUGCUCUGUUCCUGGUCACGAUGACCCACUGGAAACGCUUCUACUCUAGAGGGGAUACUACACAACUAUGGUAGAAUAUUAUACUAAUUUUUCACAUGAUAAAUAAAUGCAGCUCAGACAAUAGGUAAUAUGCAGACUACUGUUGGUGUCUUGAAAAAAAACUCAACACAUACAAAAAACUGCACCCAAAGUUUAACAUUUUGCUGGGAUAAAAACUUUAUGCAGGAGACUAAUUGACAGUCUAUGCAUUUAUGUACACGAUAUACACAUGUAUAUAUGUGUGCAUAUCUAUAGGCAUACAUACAUCUGUAUACAUAGAAAUACAGUACGUGUACAUUUGUUGAGCUAAAGCUUUGCUUAAUAGUGGGUCUCUGGGACAGCAGCAGAAAAAGCAACCUUGUGUUAGACCAAUUCCUGUUCAUCUAUUCUGUGGUCGUCUAAAUGUUUAAUCUUGAAUAAAACUACUGUUUGUUUACAGCAA